UUAAUAAUCGAAUGAAGUAAAACAUUAUCAAUUAUAACGAUAAAUGAUAAAGUCCAGAAUCAAAACGAUUAUAUUUUUCAUUUUAAAAUGAAUAAAUGAAUAUAGAUAUAAAAUUCCUGUUGUGUUUGAAUAAAUGAAUAUAGAUAUAAGAUUCUUAUUGUGUUUGAAUUUACAGGUUAAAAUGUCGAAAGCAACUAAACGUAAACACGUUACCAAAGAAAUUCAGGAAUUGACCAUUCCUACCGAGACGCAAUCGAUUGUUCGAAUAAUACAAUCGCGCGGUAAUAAUCUUCACGAAGUUGCUGAUCCAGCUGGUUCAAAAUAUCUUGUAUCGAUGCCGGUGAAGUUUAGAAAAAACAUCUGGAUAAAACGGGGAGAUUUUGUCUUGGUAGAACCAAUACCAGAAGGGAAUAAAGUGAAGGCUGAGAUCGUGAAGAUAUUAACACGAGAACACAUAAAAUGGUAUCGACAAAUAAAAUGCUGGCCCAAAGAAUUCGAUGAAACCUCCAAUUUGAAUCAAGAAAGAACCAAUGUAAAGAAUGAUAACGAAGAAGACGACCUUUUUGUAAAUACGAAUAGAUUAUUGUAUGAUAGUAGUAGGAUAGAUACGAUUAGUGAUACGAGUUCCGACGAAUCUGACUCUUGUUAAUAUUUUUGUUAUGUAAAUAAUAAAGCUAUUUA